UGGCAAAAGUGAAUGGGAACUAGUCGGCUGGAAUCUCCGCUCUGCAUGUGAGAUACAAGCUCAGCCAAGGGCGCCCGGGAAACAGGAGAGGACUUAACUAUCCCCAAUAAGUCUGCUGUAUCAGGCCAGGAUCUGCAGGGAUUACACCGGGAGAGCUUCAGCACAGCCUUUUGUCACUUUGUGCUGCCUCAUGGAUUUCAACCUUCUGACUGACUCGGAGGCUCGUAGUCCUGCCCUUUCUCUGUCCGAUUCUGGAACACCUCAACAUGAUCACAGCUGCAAGGGGCAAGAGCACAGUGACACAGAAAAAUCCCAGCAAAACCAAACAGAUGAUUCAAACCCUGAAGAUGGUUCACUGAAGAAGAAACAAAGAAGACAGAGAACACACUUUACUAGCCAGCAGCUACAAGAACUGGAGGCCACUUUUCAGAGGAACCGAUAUCCAGACAUGAGCACCAGGGAGGAGAUAGCAGUGUGGACCAACCUUACUGAGGCCAGAGUCAGGGUGUGGUUCAAAAACCGGAGAGCUAAGUGGAGGAAACGAGAAAGGAAUCAGCAAGCUGAACUCUGCAAAAAUAGCUUUGGAGCCCAGUUUAACGGACUCAUGCAGCCCUAUGAUGAUAUGUAUUCUGGAUACUCCUAUAACAACUGGGCCACCAAAGGCCUUGCAACGAGUCCCCUUUCUGCCAAGAGUUUUCCAUUUUUUAACUCCAUGAAUGUAAGUCCUCUGUCAUCCCAACCAAUGUUCUCACCACCCAACUCAAUUGCAUCUAUGACCAUGCCUUCAUCUAUGGUUCCUUCAGCAGUGACUGGAGUUCCAGGCUCUAGCCUUAACAAUUUGGGAAAUAUUAACAACCUUAAUAGUCCCAGCCUCAAUUCUGCUGUUUCAGCUAGUGCCUGUCCCUAUGCCUCUACGGCUAGUCCCUAUAUGUACAGGGACACUUGCAAUUCAAGCUUGGCGAGUUUGAGGCUGAAAGCUAAGCAACAUGCCAACUUUACAUACCCAGCAGUACAGACUCCGGCUUCCAACUUGAGCCCUUGUCAGUAUGCUGUGGACCGGCCAGUAUGAAGGACCACAUGCCAAAGACUUGAUGGUAGCCAUAAAAGAGAAGACCUAAUUGCCCUGCAGGAGCGGCCUUUGAAAGAAUAGGCAAGAAAUCAUUUCCAUUUUUAAAGUGAGAGAUAACACUGCAGACUGUAUUUUUUUGGUUCGAGCGGACAUUCUAUAUGCAUACUUCAUGAGGAAGACAAUGUUUUCAAUCCAAAGAAAACUGAAUUCCAUGGUCAUGAAUAGUCUUGCUUUUGUAAGGCAAGCUGUUUAAUUGUUGUGGUUUUUAUUGAGGCUCCCAGCCUAUGUACAAUUGACUAAACCCAGAGACAUGUAAUAUGUAUAGGUCACUUGAAUGCAAAGGAGAUCAACAACUACUUAUUUAUCAUAAGGAUGACCCAAAUAUACAAAAAUCAAUGAACUAUACUACAGACAUGUGCAUGACCGUUAAAGUUGUCUAACCUGCGGCCACACAUGUAAUCUAUGGAAGUAGGAUGUAUAUAUAUUAUAAAAAUAUAAAAGGAACCUUUUUUCUUGUUUUGUAUGUGGAAUAAUCUAUAAAAUAGAAUUAAAACAUAACAUGCUUUUCCCAGGUGGAGCAGAUUGCAUGGCCACAUACCAUAUAUUUUGCUUCAAACCUGCUCGGGAUUACUUUGAAGGUGUAACUUUUAACAAUGGUCAUUUCUUUUUCAAAGAAUUUCAGUGCCCCCAUCCCUUUUCUUCUUUCCCAGUUCCAUUUGAAAGGCAA